AGGUGAAUGGCAUUGUGGGUAAUCGAAUCUUCUACAGCUGUACACUUAAACUGUUGAGAAAUUAUCCGACAGUACGGGAUGAAAUUGGGUUUAUUUUUUAUUAAACUAAACAAAUAACAAAAAAAAUAGGCAGCUUUUUGCCCUCACUGUACAUAAGACUACCAAAGCAAGCCAUUAGCUACGUCAAGCUAGCUUCUUAGCUAGCAAAAUGGCAGCUCAAGUUGACCACCGAGGACCGAAUCAAUCCAGGGGCCGUUGCUACGAUGUCAGGAACCAACCAGGAGCCAUUGAGACCUGAAAUAAGAAGCUACUACUUCAUCACAUAAUUUACGGCUAAAGAGGUGCAAUGUUGGGCGGACACAUUCGGUGUACAUUCAUCAAUAUAAGUUGAAUGGUGAUGGUGGAUGAAUGACUGUUGGACAGUUAAACAAGGUCAAAGACACCCUCAGCAUGACGGAGCAAACACUGCCCACAUGGCCUGAGGAUUCACCGCUGCGCUUUCCACCGUGAAUAACACGGAAUAUAGCUCAGAUGACGGCAACGGUAAAAACGCCACUGCGAAGGUCAUUCAGCGAGCAUGUGAAAGUCUCCAGCAAUAAGGCUUGGGAUGUCUUCUGGAGGACUGCAAGGGAAAGGAGGCUGUGGGAGAUCGAAGCCAAGGAGGCCUGCGAAUGGCUGCGAGCAGCCGGCUUCCCUCAGUAUGCACAGUUAUUCAAAGACAGCAGGUUCCCCAUCGACAUUGAGUUUGCCAAGAGGGAUCACCAUUUCCUGGAUAAGGAUGCUCUGGAUUCUCUCUGCAGGCGAUUAAUCACUUUGAAUAAAAGUGUGGAAUUGAGGCUGGACCUGCCCAAACCAAAACAUCAAUUGAAUGAAGACUUCAUUGACGAAGAUUUCUGCGCAAUCAGCCCUAAGUGGACCUACGACAGGGCAAUGCGACAAUGGCGGCGCAUCAACUCUUCCACAGACUUCCUCCGCUUGUCUGACAGCUCCAGCCUUCCACAGGAAAUGUCUCUUUGUGACAACCGGGAUGUCCGAGACCAUCAUGAUGUCUGCUCCAUCCACAGUUCCAGUAGCACUGAAAGUGAAAGCCAAAACAGGCGCCGUAAGCGUCACAGAGACAAUGCUGUUAACCAAAGCAACACGGAUGAUCAGGGGACCAGCAGAAGCUCCUCACGCUGCUCCUCUUCAAACAAGACUCCAUCGCUGGACAUCUCAUUCAGCGGACCCCCUUCACCGGGGGGUGUAAGUGGUGGAGGAUCAUCCACCAUGAGUCUGGAAACUGAGGCCUGCGUCACAGAGAAACCGCCUCGGAAAAAGGGGACCAGUCUGCUAAGGAAGAUGGAGAAACUGCGGUUAAGAGGAACAACAGGCCUCCUGUCUGUUCCGAGGGACAAUGGGAGUCUGGCUCAGCUGGUUGUCCGAGAAACUGCAGGGGACGGGAGGAUGGAAAGAGGUCCAUCAAGCCAAGCGUCAUCAUCACCAUCCUCACCUCACGCUAUGAGCAGCAGCAGCAGCAGUAACAGCCAGUCAGAGAGCAGUAGCGUGGUCAGCACUCCAAGCCCAGUCACACGUGUCCGGAGUAACUGCAAACGCUCUAACAGUGGUUCCGAAAUUGGCAAGGGAAUGACAUGCAACAACCACCAGAACCGAACAGAAACAAAGGACAAGGACCAGAUCAACAACAACAUCAGCCACGAGGGCCUCCUUUUCCACAUCCCCCAAGGACAUAAACCGGGGACAUUCCCUACUUCCCUCGCACACAAACAUGGCCUUAUGUCCCCCAUCAUUGAGCAAACCUCUGUCAACUGGAGAACUGGCAGUUUCCACGGUUACCAGAGUAACCGUGGCAGUUGCCGUCGAGGCAUGGCGUCGCAUGCCACCUCGUCGCCUUGUCCCAACGAUGCCGGCAUACGGCUGAGUAUCUAUGACAACGUUCCAGGUGACCACCAACUGUCUGAAAGUGAAGGUGGUAGCGGUGGAAGUGUUAGUGAGGCAGAGCGACUGGGGGAUGAGUUGGAUGUAACUCAACUGUUAGUAGGCGAGGAUGUUUUUUCCGCUCUGGACACAGUUUUAGAAAGGAUCAACAACCUGCAGAAACUCGUCUCUACCUGGACUGAAAAUCUAUCUGAAGAUGACUCUCAGCAAGAUUCCACCUGUGCCUCCUCUUCUUCUACUUCUUCCUGCUCCCACGAUUCACUCGCCCAUUGCUCUUCGGCCGCCUCCCCUUGCCCUUCCUCACCUACUUGCAUCCACCUGGUGGUGCAGAAUUCAGAGGAAGAGGAGGAGAGCUGUGAGAAGAUAUCUGAGAGCGGAGACGAGUCAAAGACCAGAUCAACGCCAGACAAGAGCAGCAGAGUGAGCCAGCAGCUGCACUGGUCGAGUGAGCAAAGCCUGCUGACCCUGCCAGCUAGUCCAGGGGUGGAGAACCAGUCUGUCACCCAGUUUCUACUGCUGCAGAAGCUCGCCUUGCUCAAACUUACCGCCCUGAUGGACAAAUACUCCCCGACCAGCAAGCAAGGCUGGAACUGGACCGUUCCGAAAUCGCUGAGGAAGACCAAGGCGACACAGGCGAAAGGGCGGCGGGUUUUUGGUGUUCCCCUGCUUGUCAAUGUGCAGCAGACAGGAGAACCCCUCCCUCCCAGCAUCCUCAGGGCGCUUGUGUACCUGAAGACAGAGUGUUUGGACCAGGUGGGUCUUUUCCGGAAGUCGGGGUUGAAGUCUCGGAUCCAGUACCUCCGCGAGAUGCUGGAAUCCAGCCCCCAUGGUGUUUCCUAUGACGGACAGUCUGCUUUCGACGUAGCCGACAUGGUGAAGCAAUACUUCCGAGACCUGCCUGAGCCCAUCUUCACUUUCAAGCUGUGCGAGUCCUUCCUCCACAUUUAUCAAUAUUUUCCCAAAGAUCAACAGCUGGUCGCAGCCCAGGCAGCCAUCUUGCUGCUGCCAGAUGAGAAUCGUGAAGCGCUGCGAACACUGCUCUCCUUCCUGCGCGACGUAGUGGCCUGCGUGGAGGAGAACCAGAUGACCCCCACAAACAUCGCCGUGUGCCUGGCGCCGUCGCUAUUCCACCUCAACGCACUGAAGAGAGACAAAAGUGCAGCCAGAACUAGUCACAGGAAGUACAGUCAUGGGCUCCCAGACCAGCGUGAUCUAAGCGAGAACUUGGCCGCCACCCAGGGCCUCGCUGACAUGAUCACAGAGGCCCAAAGACUUUUUGAGAUUCCAGAAUUUUGGCCCUCUCAGAACUUGAGCUCUGCAGGCCAGGCGGAGGACCUUUUAAGUGAGGUUGCAGGAUCGCAGUCCCCUGGUUCUGGUAGUUGUGAGGACGAGCUGGAGGAACGGAGAAGGAAGCUCCAGAUGAGCACCCAGCAGCUUCUGAAGGAAGCCAGGGAGAAGAGCCGAGGCUGGGAGAACCAAACUGCCCCAGAGGCGGUGACGCUGGCUCUCAAAAAGAUGGAGGAUGGUUGCCCCCUGUGGAUGUGGCGUGGCUCCGUGGAGGUGGAAGCACACCAGGAGGAUUUGUUUCACCGGCUGCUUAGGGAACAGGAGCUGUGGGAGGGAGGCUUGCACCAGACUAAUAUAAUCCAGACGUUGCCCAAUGAUGCCGAGGUCUAUCACUACCUCCUCCAGGGCCAGGGCCACGGUCUGGGCUACUGCCCUCCCCGGGAGCACCUGCUGCUCAGGACCUGGCAGGCAGACCCUUACUGUGGCCCCCUGUAUCUGUCCUCUGUGUCCACGGACCACCCCGAGGUGCGACUGGAGGGGGUCAGAGUCCACACACACUCCUGCCUCUACUUACUUGAACCCACGGGAGCAAGGAGGACCCGGCUGACGCACUUGUGUCGAACUGACACCAGGGGCCGCUCACAAGUGUGGCACCACAAAGUGAGCGGACAUCGCCUGUCUGCCGGUCUGCUGGCGAUCCAAGAGUCCUUCAGAGCUCAACACAAAGAGACCGGCAUUUGAUUGAAGAGUUUUUUUGCACUUCAAAAAAGGUAGCACUCUUCACUAUCUCUUGUCUCGUUAAACUGCAGAGCUUCACUUGUAUUCCAAAGUGGAGCUCACAAACCCACGGUGAGACCUUUCCCGACAUUGCUUCUCUUUGGCUCCGCUUGAGUUUUUUUCCCCCGUCGGAGGCUUUUGAAAGGUGGUCUGCCUCUCCCCAAUGAGACAUUCACGAAGAAGGAAAAAACACUAAGGGCGGAAGCAAGGGAAAGAUGCAGCAAGCGUACGGCCCACGGACGCACACAAACACAGGAAGUAAGAAGGACAAACAGCAGGAAGUGUGGAUUUUUUUUGUUGUCCAGCAGAUGUUAAAUGUGAGAAAACAGGAGGCCAUGUACUGUGCCUACCUCUCCGCGGGGCGGCGCCACAAUGUUUUUGCAAUGUUGCGGAUUGACGAAAACUUAAUGAACCACAAUGGGCGACUAUUCUGAACGCUGGCGGAUAUCCGAGCAGACUCGGCGAAUACUUCAACCUGAACGCGGUUCUGGACGUGACGAGGGCAACCAAAACCAGCAAAGGCGCGCCAGAAAAUUGAUGGAAUUGUUCCACUCUAUUUAAUUCAACUCCAAAUAUCGGAUAUUUAAAUCAAAGCUCUCAACAAAAUGCACCUGAUUAAAGUGUUUUUGUCUGAGAACGCGUGUCCUGUGUUCUUUGACGAGGUGAAGACGAGAUGAAUAAAGCUGGCACUCACGUACAUCAAAACAAGUCACCUUUUCUCGCACUCUUAAUACGCCCACACAUAAUUAAUUUGCACACAUUUCCAUAUCUUCCCCGUUCAUCUGAGAUUGGAUGGUUUAAUCUCUGAUAAAAACUCUCAACAACGUGGGAAGAAAAAAUACUUUUAACGAGGACGGAAGAGCCCUGUAUAAGCGGGAUUUUGAGGAAGGAUUAAUUUAUGCACAUGACAAACAAACAGGAGCACAGAAAAGGCCUACAGGCGCCUUCAAUAAAUCUGGCUAUGUGUGCGUCGCUCCCAUAUGGAGCUAAAACAACUAGAAGUGACAUUUUGGACCGGUCCCUUGGGCUUGGCCAAAAAUAUGUCGUAACCUACUUCACGAAAGGCCUUAUGCAUUAAUCAUUAGAAAACAGCGUGUACAUUUUUAGGGUUUUAGUCAUGUUUGAUUGACUUCAUCAUGUACUGCG